AUGGCCAUAACGGUCGGCUCCUUCUCUGCUGCCUCCACCUCCUCCAGCACCAUUGUGGAUAAGUUCAUCCAUGGCCAUGUGAUCGUUGAAUUCGAGUCCAAGUCAAUGGCGCACCUCUUCAGACCUGGUCUGCUCAAGGAACAGCAGCUCAAGAGAGAUUUGCUGAACGACGAAGUGGCGGGUAUUGAGCACCACGCCACCGACAGGCCAGGAAGCACCUGGACAAGUUGGAGACAGAGAACAAAUUUCUUGAGUCAUCUUGGCGACGCCCUUGGCCUCUCUAAAGAGGAACGUGACACUGAGGGCACCAGGCAGUACGUGGCUUGGACGUAUGACCACGCCGGCCAGUAG